AUGACAACAAAAACAACGACUAUGACAAGUAAUCAACAUUAUAAUUCAUCAACUUGUUUAGAAGAAUUUUCAAUAGAUUUUGUUAAUAAUCGAUUAAAUAUUGAUAACAACUCUUCUAAUAUUUAUGAUAAAAUCAAUGAAAAAAACGAUAAUAAAACAUCAUUAUCAUUAAAUGAGAUCGAUGAAUAUUCAUUAGAAACAUCAAUAAGAAAAAAUUUAUCAACAGAAUCUAUUCCAUUAGUUCUUAUCUGUGGUGUUUGUGGAGCACCAGCACAUGGUUAUAAUUUUGAUCAAAUUACUUGUGAAUCAUGUAAAGCAUUUUUUCGUCGAAAUGCUUUAAAAAAUACGCUUCAAUUUAAAUGCCGUUUUGAUGGUACUUGUGUUAUAAAUAUGCGUAAUCGUCGUCAAUGUAGUUAUUGUCGAUUAAAAAAAUGUUUUGAUAUUAAAAUGCGAAAAGAUUGGAUACGUACUGAUGAAGAACGUCGAUUACGACAAUUAAAAAAUUUAUAUAAACAACAAAAACAUUUAAAUAAAUUAUCUUUAGAUGAACAACAAUCAGUUAUAAAUUUUUCAUUAGUUUUACGAAAAAAAAAACGUAUUAAAUCAUUAAUUACAAAACAAUUAAUAAAAGAUCGUACUAUUUCAAAAAUUGAAUCAAUUUAUCCUAUUAGUACUUUUGCAAUUCAUCGUAAUUUAUCUGAUGAUGAUAGAUUUAUAUUAAAUAAUAUUAUAAAUGCAUAUAAACUUGGAGCUGAUCAAGCUGAUUAUUCUCAUUUUAAUCGAUGUACAUCAUCAACAACUUUAGUACAAUUUUUAAAUGAUGAAAGUAUUAUGUAUGAAUCAUUAAUUUAUUUUUAUAAACAAAUACCUGAAUUCAAAACAUAUGAUUUAAAUGAUCGAAUAUUAUUAAUUAAAUGUAAUGUAACUAAAACAAUACAUUUACAUCAUAUAAUUGUAGAAAAUUUUCAAGAAAUUGAAUGUAUGAGUGAACAUAUAUCUCGAUGGAUUAGUCAAAAUUUUCAUGAACAAAUGUUUAAAAUACGAAGAAAAUUUUAUUAUUUUAUGAAAUAUCCACUUAUAUUAAAAAUAACAUUGAUUAUAUUUAUAUUUAGUAUGAAUUUAUCAAUACCAUAUCCUAAUAGUCAAUUUUCAAAUUAUAAAAAUAAAUAUAAAUUAUAUGAAAGUCAAAAUUUUUAUAUUUCAUUACUUUGGCGUUAUUUAAAUUAUUUAUUUAAUGAAUAUGAAACAAUACGAUUAAUAGAUUUUAUUGUUACACAAAUUUUACAUUAUCAAACAUUAAUGAAUACAAUGGAUGAAAUUAUAAAUAAAAAUAGUUAUCAAAAUGAAUUUAAUCCAUUGAUGCAAUCAGUUUUCAGACUAACUUAA